AGAUUGAACCUCUUGCCACACCAUAGCACUGGUCUUCUUCGAUUUAUGGCCUCCUUACUUUACCUUUUGAAGAACUAAGGUUACGCAGUUAUCCCAGCUAGAACGCAUUGUCAGAUUCCUGUUUUACUGUCUUCCAAUUUUGAGAACUCAUCUCAUAUCCCACGUUGCAACCUCCAACGAUUAUGUCGCCUUACACCCCACGAUAUUCGUCAUCGGCCUGAACUAAGACCCCAGACCACAAGAUCAAAGAUCAACACAUUUGCUAUUAUCCUAUUUGCAAGAAGAACAGUCCUAAGCCAGCUACUGUCCACCUUACCCCUUCUUGAGCAGCUCAGACCUCCACGCCUCUAUAUGAAAUCGGUUAGCUACAGCUGGUCCGGUGAUCACUGCUUUACUUCAGAGCAGGUUUCCCAUCAUUAGGAUCAGAGCUGACAGACACAUACGAGCGAUGGUUCUGCCUGAGUUAGCGACCGUUUUAUAUUGAAAAGAAGCUAAAGGGUGAGGUCAUCCUUGGCUACCGUAGUCUGGAUCUUCUCUUCAAAGGAAAUAGUUUUUGACACCAACCGAUACACAUGAUGCUAGGCCACACAAACCCGUUGGGCAGGGGGGUGGCUAACAUUCUGGGCAUCAAACUCGAAGACAAAAACCAAGACCUACAAGCUGAGAUACCAAGCAGUUCAUCCAUUUUUUCAGAACAAAGACACAAUUCAUUCUACGAAACUGAACCCACAUCGUCGGAAUGGAUUAAAGAACAGGUCCCGUCGAAGGAGGAGGUUGUUGCAUAUGCAGCUUCAUUAUUCCCGUUCGCUACUUGGAUCAGCCACUACAACCUGCAAUGGUUUGCGGGUGAUUUGGUCGCUGGUAUCACCAUAGGUGCUGUAGUUGUUCCACAAGGCAUGGCCUAUGCUAUUCUCGCAAACCUGGAACCCCAGUUUGGUCUCUACUCGUCGUUUAUAGGGGCCUUGAUCUACUGGAUAUUCGGUACCUCAAAGGAUAUAUCUAUCGGUCCCGUUGCAGUUCUUUCGACCGUCGUUGGGAAUGUUGUUCAGGAUGUCCAAGAUUCGGGACAAAACGUCCCGGCCCAUAUUGUUGCGUCAGCGUUAUCAGUCAUCGCAGGCUUCAUUGUCCUCAUUAUUGGACUACUCAGAUGCGGAUGGAUAGUUGACCUCAUUUCCAUUACCUCUCUCUCAGCUUUUAUGACGGGCUCCGCCAUCACAAUUUGUGUCGGCCAACUACCAGCACUUCUCGGUCUGUCAGUAUUUUCGAACCGAGACCCGCCAUACAAAGUCCUUGCUAAUACGAUCGAACAUCUCGGAGAGGCGGGUUACGAUGCUAUCGUCGGAGUCUCAGCCCUAUCGAUUUUGUACCUUAUCCGUCAAGGUUUCACCGCUGCGGCAGAACGAUAUCCAAAACAUAGAAGACUAUUGUUCUUCACCAACACAAUGCGUACGGUUUUUGUUAUUUUAGUGUAUACAGUAAUGAGCUGGGUCCUCAACAUGCAUAGAAGAGACGAUCCCCUAUUUAAGGUUCUAGGGGCAAUCCCAAAAGGAUUCCAGAAUAUUGGGGUUCCAAAGCUAACGACGGAGCUCAUUUCGGACUUUGUUCCAUAUCUCCCAGCUACCGUCAUCGUCUUGCUUGUUGAGCAUAUGGCGAUUUCCAAGUCGUUUGGGCGUGUCAACAACUACACCAUCGAUCCAUCUCAAGAAAUGGUUGCCAUUGGGAUGGCUAACCUUGUUGGGCCAUUCCUUGGGGCAUAUCCAGCUACAGGCUCAUUCAGUCGUACUGCGAUUCAGUCGAAAGCUGGCGUACGGACCCCCGCUGCUGGGAUAAUCACUGGACUGGUGGUUUUACUUGCAACGUACCUAUUGACCGCUGUCUUCUUUUACAUACCAAGUGCCGCUCUUGCGGCUGUCAUCAUUCACGCUGUAGGAGAUCUCGUCACACCUCCCAACACCAUUUACCAGUUCUGGAGAGUUUCACCUAUCGAGGUUUUCAUCUUCUUCACUGGUGUCACCGUUAGUGUCUUCGCUCAAAUAGAAGAUGGGCUAUAUGCUACCGUCCUCCUUUCAGGAGCUGUGUUUAUCUAUCGUAUCCUCAAGGCCAAAGGCAGGUUUCUUGGCAAAGUAAAAGUUCAUUCGGUCAUUGGCGACCAUGUUAUUGGUGAUGAUCACCGAAAAGUUGUUGGAGAGUACGGCACAAUCGAGGAUUCUGAUGUUUCUGCAAGAAAUGUUUUUCUCCCCCUUGGUCAUGGCGAUGGCUCGAACCCCGAAGUUGAAGUUGAUCAUCCAUAUCCCGGAAUUUUCAUCUACCGCUUCUCUGAAGGCUUCAAUUACCCCAAUGCCAACUCCUCUCUGGACUAUCUGACCGACUUCAUUCAGUCCAACACGCAACGCAGCAGUCCCGAAGCUUUUGAACGACCAGGCGACAGACCGUGGAAUAACCCAGGGCCGAGGAAAUCUGCAAAACGUCCUGUUAAUUCAGAUCCAGACUCUGCACUUCCGACAUUGAAGGCGGUCAUUUUGGAUUUCAGUUCUGUCAACAACGUCGACAUCACCUCGAUUCAACGACUCAUCGAUAUUCGUAAUCAGCUCGAUUCAUAUGCCUCUCCUGACGGUGUAGAUUGGCAUUUUGCUUGCAUAAAUAACCGAUGGUCCAAGAGAGCAUUGGUGUCAGCAGGGUUUGGAGUCCCAUACAAACCCAACGAAGGCACAGCACAUCGAAGAUGGAAAUCAAUUUUCAGCGUAGCGGAAAUCGGAGGCAAGGACUCUGCUGCAGCAAUCGCUCAGGAGACAGACCUCCACGAACUGACACCAAAACAUACGGAUAACACAGACGAAGAGCCCUUGAUUGGAGGAUUUUCCUCGGUAAAAUCCUAUGGCUCAAUGUCAUCAGGAGACCUCGAGAAGCAGAAGCGGAGAGGUGCUGUUGUUCAUGGCCUGGACAAACCAUUAUUUCAUGUAGACCUAACAAGCGCGUUACAAAACGCAAUAACCAAUGUGGAAGAGAGGACGAUAUCAAGAGAAACAGCACACGAUUAACAGCUGGAUGGAGUACGGGUAGACUUGCAAUUUUGCUGACGUUUCGGCGCACAACAUGAAGGGGAAGCAUUUAGCGAGCGAUCAUUUUCACUAUGUUUACCUAGAACAGUAUUUCGUAACGAGACCAUGAGAUGUUCUGUCGAUUUACUAUUUCCUUAUGCUAAACCCCAUCAUACUGAUAAUAUUGCCUCCGGAUUAGAAUCGUC